AUGGCUGGUCACCUACGAGCACCGGAGGUGCCUUCUGACAGCGAGUCGGAAGGCCAAGUAGCGAACCAGCAUCGUGUUGCUCAGGUCCUGAUUUCCGCAGGACCACCGAAUGUGCAACUUCCCUGGGAACAAGGAAUUUUCAGGGAUAUCUUCGCACCUGGACCAGUGGUGUCACUGGACUGGCCAGAGCCCAAGGUUCUUGUCAAUGUGGAUGAAGCCGAACUAUCGUCUACACCAGGUCCCAGCGUUUUGCAAGACAAAGACAAGACGCCAAUCGCAGGUGUCUUGAGCUCCUCGCCGGGGGCUAAUGUUUUCAGCAAAGUGAUCAAGUGCAAAAAGAAAGAUGAACCGUUCGAGGAGGCUGUUGCAGGCAUGUGGUUGAAGAACAUGCAGAUGUGGAAACAGCUGUUCGAAGCCACCAGUUUUGCCAAAACAUUGCAAGAAUUGGACGAAGAGGAGAAGAUGUUGUCCCUUCGUGACAUAUUUGGCUCUAAAUCACCACACACAAUCCAGAAGCGUGCAUCGACCUUGUUGAGGCUGUUUCGUUGGCUUCAAAAACAGGCAGAUGUGCAAGGGACCUCUGCGGAGGAACCCCUUCUCCCAUCAGAGGAAGCGGUUUACAAGUUCUGCAGAGAGAUAUCCCACAGGAAAAAGGGCAAGCUGGCACCUCAGAGCGUGGUACAGGCAUUGAAGUUUGUGAAAUUUGUGCUUUCCAUUCCAGAUGUGGAGAAUUCCAUCUCCCCCAGGGUCCGAGGCUUGGCAGACCGAGUGGCAGGCGAGCACGAGCCCACACAUCAAGCCCGGGACCUAACAGUGCUUGAGGUUAGAUUUCUGGAAGAGUGUGUUGGGAACACCGAGCUCCACGUUGUUGAUCGAUUUGCAGCAGGAGUGUUCCUGUUUCAGAUCUUCAGCAGGAACCGUUGGUCAGACAUCAGGCACGUGCGAUCCUUGGAGUUCGAUUUUCUGGAAAUUGGACCCGAGAUUUGUGGUUUUCUGGAAGGCAGAGCUAGGGAGGUGAAACAGUCCAACAAGAAGAAGAAACUCUCAUUGUUCAUGCCCCUCGUGGCUCCAGUUCGGGGGGUCCACCCGAAGGUGGUGUGGGCCAAAGAAUGGCAGGAGGUGGCUGCCGAAGCAGGGAUCGUGCUCUCGAAGACCCCUAUAGGCCCUUUACUUCCGGCCACCGCCCCAGAUGGCGCCUGGCUGCAGAGGUCCAUCGACUCCGCCGAGGCCUCCAACUGGCUGACGGGACUGCUGAGGAACCGCGACCCCUCAACAGCGAGGGUUACCACACAUUCCUUGAAACACACUGCGCUUGGCUGGUUGAGCAAAUACGGCAUUGUGGGCGAAACACAGACACUCUUGUCGCAUCAUUCGACUGGAGCUUUGAGUACAUUAGCUUACUCAAGAGAUGCCCUUAGUGGCCCUCUCCGGCAGCUGGAGGAAAGGUACGGGAGGGCUCGUUUUGCCCGGACGCUACUCGCAGUGGAUACUUUGCCCGAGCCCAAGGAUCAGAGGCAGGUAGGCAGCUUAGAUGGGCUGCCUGCGAAUUCCGAAAGCACGCAUGAGCCUUUGCCAGCUCCAGUGGAAGGCUUUCAGGACGAUUUUCUGGGGGUUGGACCGCUUUGCCCCCUGCAAGGGAAGGUCUUUGAGUCACCAAGCGCCAUGCCCGUCUUGGAAGCAUCCGCACCGUCGGUAGCGGAAGGAGAAGAAUCCCCCUCGAAAGAAAGUGAGGAAUUAGACAAGCUGACUACUGAGACCUCUGGGCUUUGCGAAACAGUGCUCGAUAAGGAUGACACACAAGAUGCAGAUGACAAUGGGGAGGCAGAGAUCUCGCCCACCACAUCAGCAGAAGGGUCCUCCGAGGAAACCUCUGAUGGAGCCUCAUCGGAAGAAAAGGAGGAACCAGCUGCGGCCCUGAGCCUGCCGGAGGGUUGGAGAGCGAUUCAAAACAAGAAGUCUACCAUGCUACAUCUGUACAAAGUAGGUCAGACAACGCUGAAAUGUGGCAAGUGGAUCAGCGUUAAUUUUGUAGAAAUGGAGAAGCCCUCAGCGAAGUGGCUACAGUGCAGCCGUUGUUUUCAGGAGUAA